UGCCCUAGGCCCCAAAUCUUGAGAGCGAGGUAAAGCGAGUAGAAGAGCGUGAGAAGAAGAGGAAAGGGAGCGAGAGAAGGCAAAAGAAAAAAAAAAAAAGCGGUAACACUCGACGGCAGCCAUAGCCGCCGGCGUCGGCACGCGGUGGCCGCAGACAGCAGCCAACCGGAAGCGGCCACUGCGGUGGUUGCUGCUGCUAUCGCUCGGCCUCUGCGAGGACCAUAAGGUUUAUGCACUGGUGGAUGUUGAAUGAUCCUUUCGAUGGACUUAAAUGCAUCCCCUAUACCUGAAGAAGAUGAUGAGCCUUAUGGAGAGCAGGUUGAGGGUGAAAUCAUACAUGAAGAGCGUGCAGAGUCUGCUGUGGCAACCAUGCGCAGGGAACGAGAAGAAAGGAAACGAAGGCUGAAAAGAGAAAGCCAAGAUGAAGGCAUAAAGCGAUUUUCACAACCAUUGAGAAGUGAUUUCAUGCCUCAAAAUAGAAGUGGAAGAUCCUAUGGAAGAGUCAAGGAAGUCCCUCGAGGUUGGUUGGAUUGCCCCUCAUAUGGUCAGUGCAUAGGUUAUAUUAUUCCUUCUAAAGUUCCUCUAGAUGAGACAUAUAAUGACUCUGUGGUGCCCGGCAAAAGAUAUUCUUCGAGACAAGUGAUUAAUAAACACAGAAGAGCGGGUCGGGAACUUGGGUUGGUAAUUGAUUUGACAAAUACUACUCGCUAUUAUUCGCCAUCAGAAUGGACAAAUCAAGGUAUAAAGCAUGUUAAGAUCCCGUGUAAGGGACGUGAUGCUGUACCAGAUAACGAGUCUGUAAACACAUUUGUUUAUGAGGUUAUGCAGUUUCUGUCCCGCCAAAAGCAUUCAAAGAAGCAUAUUCUCGUUCACUGUACUCAUGGGCAUAAUCGUACAGGGUUUAUGAUUAUUCAUUUCCUCAUGCGCACACAGUUGUUGCAUGUCUCUGAUGCAUUACAUAUAUUUGCUCAAGCACGUCCUCCAGGGAUCUAUAAGCAGGAUUAUAUUGAAUCCCUGUAUUUGUUUUACCAUGAAAGUCCUGAAAAUUUGGUCUGCCCUCCCACUCCAGAGUGGAAAAGGUCUUCUGAUCUUGAUCUGAAUGGUGAAGCUGUGCAGGAUGAUGAUGAUGAUGGGGACCCUGCAACUUUCUCGAAUGUGCAUAUGGAAAACAAAAUUAUAACAAAUGAUGAUGUUUUGGGGGAUGCAAUACCGUAUGAUCAGCAAGACUCUAUGCGUCAGAUUUGUUACCAGUUACUUGAUUUAACUCCUUCAGUAAGGGGUAAUGCACAAUUUCCAGGAUCGCACCCUGUUUCUCUCAACAGGGAUAAUCUGCAAUUAUUAAGACAGAGGUAUUAUUAUGCUACAUGGAAAGCUGAUGGGACCCGGUAUAUGAUGCUUAUUACCACACAUGGUUGUUACUUAAUCGACCGAAAUUUUUGCUUUCGAAGGGUUCAAAUGCGUUUUCCUUUGAAGAAUAAUGAGGGUUCUCAUAACCUGACUUUGAUUGAUGGGGAAAUGAUUAUCGACACACUACCUGAUACAGGACUGAAGAGAAGAUAUUUAGCAUAUGAUUUGGUGGCACUUAAUUCUAAUUCUGUUGUAAAGCUGCCCUUUGCCGAUAGGUGGAAAUUACUGGAGGAGGAAGUAGUUCGGCCCCGGAACCAUGAGAGAAAGCAGUUUGAAUGUGAAGGAAAAUGCAAUUCAAGUUAUAGAUACGACAUGGAACCGUUUAGUGUUAGGAGGAAGGACUUUUGGUUGUUAUCUACUGUUGUAAAGCUUCUGAAGGAGUUCAUUCCGAAGCUUUCACAUGCAGCUGAUGGCCUUAUAUUUCAGGGUUGGGAUGAUCCUUAUGUGCCUCGUACCCAUGAAGGUCUUCUAAAGUGGAAAUAUCCAGAGCUGAACUCAGUGGACUUUCUGUUUGAGGUGGCGAGUGAGGGCCGCCAAAUACUUUUUCUUUUUGAGAGAGGUAAAAAGAAACUCAUGGAUGGGGCACAAGUUUUAUUUAAAGGCGAGGAGGAUGUCUCGUCCCAUUCAGGAAAGAUCAUUGAGUGCUCCUGGGAUGCGGAUGAAGGCUGUUGGGUGUGCAUGAGAAUCAGAACUGAUAAAGCAACACCAAACGAUAUUAACACUUAUCGGAAGGUGAUGCGGAGCAUUAAUGACAACAUCACAGAAGAAGUGCUUCUAGAUGAGAUUGCAGAGAUUGUUCGCCUCCCAAUGUAUGCUGAUAGAAUAUUACGGGCGCAGCAGUUUCAGCAUCGGAGAAGGUGAGAGUGAUUCUAUGGUGGUUUAGUUCGCUGAGGACACUACAGCCUUCUUAUAAAAGUGGUAUUCGCCUGUUGCUAGUGUCUGGUUUCCAGUAGUUCAUGUGUAAUUACUAGUGGUUGCUAGUGUUCCGUGAGCCUUGGAUGGUGCUAAUUGUUGCUGUCCAGUCUGAAUCCUGUACAAGCCUCCGCCCUGUAUAAAAUUUUAGGCCCCAUGUAAAUCGGUUAAUUAUAUUUUUUGUUCAUGGUUAGUCAAGAACAUAGUAGAGCUUCAAUAGUCAAGAACAUCGAAGAGCUUCAAUAAGAUAUAAAGGGAAAAAGGGAAGAUAACCAGCAGGAGCAUGGAUUCUGUGCACCGUGCUCAUCCAGCCUUUGCAUUUCUUGACCAUUUAUUGUUAAUACGUGCUGAAAUAAUUAAUAGUAGAUGUUUGUAUUGGUUUCUUGUU